GGUAAGGUGCACCGGGAAUCCGGCGUCUCCACUCUCCUGCCAAGAACCCUGGGUGCUGACUGGAAGCCAUGCUGCUGUUGCUGACCCUCCUCGCCCUGCUGGGGAGCCCAGCCUGCUGGGCGGACCAAAUGUCUGAGAUGUAUGGGUCCAACAAGGGCACGUUUUUCUGUACCUCUGAGCACAAGGGAGAAGCCAUCAAGGGGAUCCGGGUGUCUACGAAUAUCCUUGGCAUAAUUUUAAAUUUCCAGGUGAAGUUUGGAGACUCCUGGGAUGAUAUCCAGGGCGUUCCAGGUGGACGGGCUCAGGAAUUAGAGCUGGGGUCAGACGAGUACAUCACAGAGGUCCACGGCUCCUUCUUACUCAACCUCAAGUAUUUGAUCCUGUGCACCAACUGGGCUCGCUGUGCCUCGUUUGGGAAGAUGGUUGGCCAGAACUUCUCCGCCUUCCCCAAAGAAGAAGACCAUGUGCUCACGGGCAUCUGUGGCGUGCAUGGUCUCAUUGGCAUCAAGGGCAUUGCCCUUAAGUGGGGUUCUGUACCACUGAACUCAACUGCAGAAGAAAACGGCUACCCUAAGUGAGGCCGUCGGGCUGCGCUGGCUCAAGUCUGGCU